AUGGAAACGAACAAGUUAAAUGGGUCAAAUUUUACAGACUGGCUCCGUUGUCUUCAAUUGCUGCUAAGGAUUGAUAAGAUUGAGUAUGUCUUGUACACACCAAUCAGUGACAUCCCCGACAAGAAAUCUCCUGAGUUUGCUUCAUUUGACAAAGAAGCUUAUGAGAAACACGUUGAAGAUGCCGCAUUGGCUCAGUGUAUCAUGUUGUCAUCGAUGAAUUCGAUACUACAAAGGCAAUAUGAACAUAUGCUUCCAUAUGUGAUGAUUCAACGCUUGAAGAGUUUGUAUGCUCCACAGGCUCCAACUACGGAGUAUGAGACACUCCAAGAUCUCUUCAAGUGUAAGCUGCAUGAUGAAGGCAAAGUGUCUGAGCAUGCGUUGCACAUGAUAGGUUUGAUUGAGAGGUUGACAUCGUUUGGAACGGUACUUUCCUCAAAUAUUUCAACAAACUUGAUUCUAGAGUCUCUUCCUAGUUGUUUUGAGAAUUUCAUUAUAAAUUUCAACAUGAACAACAUGAAGGUUGGUCUGCCAGAAUUGCACAAUAUGCUUACGACUUAUGAGUCUUCAAUUGCUAAAGGAAAAUCAUUGUUCAUGGUGGGCUCUUCUGCGAAUUCUUCAAAAUGGAAGAAUGAACAACAAAAGAAGAUAACAUCUAAGGAUAUUGUUCUAAAGCCAAAAGGUGGAGGGGUUAAGAAGAAGCCACUAUUAAAGGAUGAAUGCCUUUUUUGUCAUAAAAAGGGACACUAG